UAUUAGGUGUUCUAGAGAAUCGAUUCAAUGCUUGAUUCAGAUUUUAUAUUCUUUUGAUUGCUGAUCAAAGCGUUGAAAUGAAGACUUUGUGCAUAUUCUCUCUACUAGUUGUACUAAUUUCUUACACUGAAGCGGACUACGUGGCCGCUGUUGUUGAGUAUCAAGUUUCACGCUCAUCUACACCUAACCUCACCGUACAGUCAAACAUUGAUGACUACAUUAGUCAUAUAGAAUCUGCGAGUAUACAUUCUGCUCAAAUCAUUGUUUUUCCUGAAUACGGAUUAACAGGUUUUGUAGACGAUCCCACAGAUUAUGCUAUCGAAAUACCUCCAACUGGCUCAGGACCAAGUUUUAAAGAUCAUUGGUUGACAGACUUAUCUAACGCAGCUAGGGGUCAUGGAAUGUAUGUGGUUGUGAAUCUCUUGGAAAAGCAGAGCAAUGAAAAAAAUAAAACCAUCUUCUACAACACUAAUGUGGUAUUUGACAAAGAAGGAAAAAUAGUAGCAAAAUACCGAAAAAUAAAUUUGAAUGGAGAGCCCAAGUUGACACCCGGUAAAGCGUCAGAAAACCAAGUUACCUUCAGCACUGAUUUUGGAAUAACUUUUGGUUUAUUCACUGGUUUUGAUAUGUUCUUCUACAUCCCAUCUAGGAGUAUCUUGAAUGGCACCUUUGUAACGGACAUCAUCUGCCCUUCUUACUGGUUUUCUGCUUUGCCGUUCCACCACUCGCUGCAGUUCCACUCAGCCUAUGCUCAGGCUAACAAAGUCAACCUUCUCGUCUCCAAUGUGGACAACAUUCGAGAAGGUGUAGGUGGCAGUGGCGUCUACGGUGGCAAUGGUAUUGUGUUCUCAUACUACAUUUCAGGAACCCCCAGUUCCAAAUUAUCUAUUGGUAGAGUCAGUAAUACCGUGACAGAUAUCGCGGUCCAAGGAUUCGACAUUCUGGACGAAAACGAUACCCAGUCCUCGAUGGAAAAUUAUAAAGCCGGAAGGAAUUUCGACAGCAACAGUUACAAAUUCAAAGAUUUGAAUUUAUCCAACGGAAAUAUCACCGACCGGAUUUGCGACGGAACUUUCUGUUGCUCAUUCAACAUCAUCGUAUCUUCUGGAAACUCUUCUGAUAUCUAUAACAAUAUGGUAUCAAUAAUGAAGAAAAUGCUUUAUCUUCUUUCCUGUCUGUUUGUGUUUAUUCCAUUUACAAAAACUGAUCAUCAUGCUGAAAUAAUUGUAUUUCCUGAAUAUGGUUUCACCGGAAUGGUUGAAGAUCCUACCAAUUACGCUCUAGAAGUUCCCGAUGUUGGUGCACAAGUCACACUAACUGAAAAGUUUCAGAUAUUGUACAAAAUCGCUCAAGCAGCCAAAGAUAAAAUGUAUGUAGCGAUGAAUUUGUUGGAGAAAGUGCCGAAGAGCAAGAAUGAAACAAUUUACUACAACACUAAUGUUGUUUUUGAUAAAAAUAUGUCAGUAGUAGCAAAAUACAGAAAAGUGAAUUUGUACAACGAACCGAUGUUGACUCCUGGCGAUCCAAUCCAAAAUACUUCCAUUUUCACAACUGAUUUCAAUGUAACAUUUGGAAUGUUCAUUGGUUACGAUAUGCUGUCAUACAAUCCAUCUAGAAGUAUUCUGGAAAAUUCAUCGAUCACAGAUGUUAUUCUUCCAACUGCUUGGUUCUCCACAUUACCAUUUUUCCAUUCAAUGUCAUUCCACAGUGGAUACGCAAUGGCCAACAAUGUCAACCUCCUUGUGGCGACCAAUCACAACUUCUCGCAAGGGAUUGGAGGCAGUGGCAUCUAUGGAUCUAACGGUAAUGCCUUGUGCUACUAUAUUUCUGAGGAUGUUGAUAGAUGGAAUGGGAAACCAUUGUUCAGUGUAGUUAAAGACCCAAUGAGUGACAAUAACUGUCUGGAAUCUGAACUUCCGAAGAGAAUCAAAAAUAACCUGGAGAACUUUCAAGCUCGCAGAUAUUUCGACAGUGAUCACUAUACCUUCAAGGACUUGAAUUUGACGCAUCAAAACAUUUCUGAAGACAUUUGCGAAGGUUCUUUCUGUUGCUCCUUCGAAAUUGUCCUGUUUUCGGCUGUUAAUACUUCCGAAGUCUACAAGUUGAUGGUUCACACAGGACAAUACUCAUUGGGAGAAUUCAAACGAAACGAUGUGAGGAUAUGCUCCCUCUUAGCCUGCGAAACUUCUGAUUCCUCUACUUGCGGAACCGCAAACGUAACCGUAACCUCAAAAUUCCAAAGCAUUUCCAUCAAAACUAACGUCAAAGAUGUUCACACCAAAUUCUACCAGCCAGUGACGUUGACAACUGAUCUGUUGCCGGUUUUUAACACGACUUACCAUUCCGAAGUCAACAAUGGUACAAGGUCUAUAGUGUUUUCAACGAAUGGGCCAGAGGAACGAGUUUUGGUUUUCGGUAUUUACGGAAACAGCGGGAUUAGGGAAGUUGCUAGUUUGACGUUGUUGAUAGCUACUAUGUUGAUGUAUUUAGUAUGAUAUUCAUACGUGGUUCACCU